GAACGAGCUGAGGAGAGGAAUCAAAAUGGCGAUGCCCAGAGCAGGUCGAUCAGGCAGUGUCCUGUCUUCUGUUACCUUCCAGCUGCUGCUGAACCUGACAACAGCGUACUUUGUUUUCUAUUUCCUGUUCACUCUUGGCCUGAUCGUCAGAAAGAGCUUGGUGUUAACUUAUCCCACUGAUGCUCUGGUCUAUGACGUCUGUCUGCUGUUCCUGCUGGCUGGUCUGGACUGCCUCCAUUUAUUAUCUGGUGUAAGGGGCCACCUGACGGAGAAUGAGGGCCUUAUUCUUACCAACCUCAUUGUGACUGGGACAACUAUCCUGCUGACGGUCUACUUCCUGGUAUGGCAGACAUAUGUGAUGCGGGCAGACGUGAUCCUCAGCAGUGUCCUACUCUUUUUCUAUGGCUUAGAUGGAGUUCUGGCUUUCAGCACUUUAGCCCGACUGGCCAGUGACAAAUGAGGAAGCCUUCUCUCCAUUGUUUUAUUAUAGCUGAACUCACAACCCGUCUGCACUUCUUUGAUACAACCUCAAAUCAAAACAACUUUGUAUUCAAGACAGUUUGUUCAACGCUCUGGUUUGUCUGUGUUGUGAGGAUCUCUCAUGGAUUUCACUUGCCAUAGACACACAGAUUGCUCUUGUAUUUAAUAUUUUCCUAUGUUCUUUGGCUAAUCUUUCUUUAUUUUAUUUUUUUACUUGUGUUUAAGAUUAAUAUUUAUAUUUGUAUUACAAUUGCUUAUUUAUAUUAAACAAACCACAUUUGAUACAUUG